CUUCCCAGGGAAGUCCGAGAGGUUCCCAUCUGGGCAGCGAGCUGCAGUGGGAGUGGGGCUCUUUUUUUCUCAGGCGGCAGAGCAGGAGUUUGACUUGCAGAGGCACAGCACAGCUCUGGGUCUAUUUUACCGCAAAGAGGGGAGAGCAGAAAUCUGGCGCCGAGAGGCGGAGAUAGCGCUCGGAGCCAUGCGUAAAAUCAGUUCUGCCUGAAGGCUUGGCGAUCAACAGCCCCCUGGAAGUUUGAAGGCAUCCAGGAUGGCCUGAAGUCUUGCCUUUUUUUUUUAAUUUUUUUUUUUUAACCUUAAUCAGAGUUGUUUGUGUUCUCUGGGACGUUUUUCUGCUUGUUUUGGAGUAGCUGAAGAACUUUAGGUUCGCUUUCUGUCCGCUUCGGAGAGGAGAUGGUCGCUCAGGAUGGGACUGUGCCUCGGAACCGAAGAUACAGAGGAGGAGAAGAAGGCGAGGGUACACAAUGCCAAGAUAGACAGAGACCUGUACGAAUACGCAAAGCGAGAGAUGAAUGUGGUUAAAAUCCUCAUACUGGGAGCAGCAGAGAGUGGAAAAAGCACUUUGGUCAAACAGAUGAAAAUCAUCCACAGCAAUGGCUUCACAAAGCAAGAGUUAAGCAGCUUCAAGCUGGCGGUGUUGGAUAACCUCCUGACUUCCAUGAAGUUUGUCCUCCAUGGAAUGGGCGUACUCCGCAUCAACCUGGCUAGCAGCAGGAAUAAGGUCCACGCCCAUUCAGUUCUGUCUUGUGGGCGGUGUUUCGAUGAAGAACAGGUGCUGUUACCUUUCCUGAGCCACGCCCUGUCCAGCCUUUGGGCCGACCAGGGGGUGAGGGCCGCGGCUGCCCGUGGUUACGAGUACGAGCUGAAUGACUCGGCGCUGUAUUUCUUUGAGAACAUGAGCCGCAUCACUUCUCCAGACUACGUGCCCACAGAGACAGACGUCCUCCGAGUGCGACUAAGGACGACGGGCGUAAUAGAGACCCAGUUUAAAGUCAACCACCUCAUCUUCAGGAUGUAUGAUGUUGGAGGUCAGAGAACCGAACGCAGGAAGUGGAUCAGCUGUUUCGAGGACGUCCGAGCCGUGCUGUUUGUCGUGGCUCUUAGCGGAUACGACAUGACUCUGAUGGAAGAUCCCUCAGUGAACCGCCUUCAGGAGAGCAUGAAGCUUUUCUCCUCCAUCUGCAAUAACGUCUUCUUCCGCAGCACAUCCAUGAUUUUAUUCAUGAACAAGAUAGACCUUUUUCAAGACAAGAUAUUACACACAGGACGACAUCUGCGGUUAUAUGUGCCACAGUUUAAAGGUGUGGACUGUGAUGUUGAUUUGGCUGCACGCUUCAUCGUCGCUGCUUUCGUCUCGCUCAACAACAUGCCCAAGAAGCUCAUCUACCACCACUUCACCACGGCAACCGACACCUCCAACAUCCAGGUCGUCUUUCAGGUGGUUAUGGACACGAUCAUUAAGGAGAACUUGGAAGCUGUGUCUCUCCUGUAGAUGGCGGCAGUGCUAUGGACCCCUGGAGACUGAGCAAUUAAGUUGCAUUUUAAAAAACUGAAAUGAACCCAAACAGAGAGUUUGUUGUCUAUUAAGUAGCACAAAACCAAGCUCUGAACGUCUUGGAAAGCUUGCAAAGCAUAUGGACUUUCCUUUUCUGUUUUUGUGGUUAAAGCACGACAGAGAGGUGGUAAGGAUUUACUGUUGUCUGUUAACUUCCUCCGUGCAGGAUUCACCCAUGCAUACCAUCAUGUGUUUUUCCCCUCAUCCAUCACCGUUUCUCCGUGCCGUGCGUCACAUCCUCCUAAUGAGGUGCUCACCGCCAUAUAACAGCUCACCGGUUUGUGUUCACCAGAGAUCCAGGACGCAGCAGGCAUCUUAAUCUGUGCCAUUAGCUGUCCCACUGACUAAUAUCAGCCAGCGAUGAUGCUGUGGAGCUUAUUAGAAGCAAAACGUGUAGAUUAAAAACAUCCCAUAAGCGUCUGACCUGGGUUUAAUUUCCCUCCUUUCCCCCUGUGAGGGUUAUUGUUUCUGGGUCUGACACAUGCGCUCAUAAACUCUGACUUGUCAUGCAGAAUGCUGAAUCCUGCAUGUGUGUUUUUUGGCAUUAAAUGUUCCGGAGUUUGUUUUUGAAGGGUCCCCCGAGCAACUGGUGCAAACACACACUGACUUCAGUAAUGAACAAGAUAUGAUACGAAUGAUGCAGUGUGAGACUGAAACUGAAAAACACCCCCAGAUGCUUUAUAUGAAGAAGUGCUGAAAUGUGUGCUUUAAUCUGAGAAUGUCUUUUUGCCUUUCUGUGACACUCAUCUUCUUAUGGUUUAUUUUCUUGGGCAUUCUGAACAAAAUAAAUGUGUAAAAGUUAAGAAAAUAAACCUUCCAGGGUUCUAAAAUAAAUUCAGACAACAUUA